AUGAGCGAUCUUCCCCAUAACACAGCUUUAGUAACAGGAGGAGGUUCGGGGAUCAACCUGGAACUUGCAAGGGCUCUCAGAGCUAAGGGAUGCGCAGUCCUUAUUGCUGACAUCGCACUGAGUCCCACUGCCGUAGCAUGGCUAAAGUCUCUUGGAAACCAAGUCAACCCCCAAGUGGUAUUUCAUAAGACUGACGUAACUUCACUGGAACACUUAGUCGAGGUUUUUGAGGUCUUCAAGAAGAAGCUCGGCGGAGUACCUAAUAUCGUAGUACCCGGCGCUGGCGUGUACGAAGGGUCCUUUCCUGGGUUCUGGGAUGACGAGGACGAAACACUCAACUACAAGCUGUUUGACAUUAACAUGCUCCACCCCAUUAGAAUGACACGGAUCGCGAUCCGGAAGAUGCGAGAGGCCAAGAAGCCAGGCACCAUCCUUCACCUUUCAAGCAUCACAGCCCAAAAGCCCUCCGUUGUUCUUCCACUUUAUUCUGUAUCGAAAGCUGCUAUCAGCCAAUUCGUCCGUUGCAUGGCACCGCUCGACCAGAUGUGUGGCAUCCGAGUAGUCGGCAUUGCGCCGGGGUUAGUUGACACACCGCUGCUUCGUAAUAACUCAGGAGCACAGAAUCACGUUGAUCUGUCUAAAGACUUCUUGUUGCCCACUGAAGAAGUUGUGAAGGCGAUGGUGGCAUUGCUGACUGAGAUCAAGUACACUGGGGGGACGGUUCUGGAGGUUGGUGAUAUUGGUAGUUGGAGGGAGGUACACAUAUUGGGAGAUGCUGGUCCCCAGGGCCGAUCAACUCGCGCAAGAGCCAAGACAACCGAUGCCACAGCCAAGCUUGCAAAGAUGUUGCUGGGAGGAGAAAAGAAUGUUUCUGAGUUUUCCAAGCUAUAA